AUGCGAGAUGAAUAUAUCGGUGUCCUCCUCGCCAUAGCUGGCUCUGGACUCAUCGGCUCCAGCUACGUGACCACAAAAAUCGGGCUUCGAGAUGCCAGCGAACGGCAUGGCUUCAAAGGGGACGGACACGAAUACAUGAAGAACCCCCUAUGGUGGACAGGCAUGACCAUGCUGGUGACAGGAGAGAUGUUCAACUUUGCAGCAUAUGCCUUUGCGCCAGCUGUCCUGGUCACUCCUCUGGGAGCGCUGAGCGUGCUGACAGGAACCAUAUUGGGUGCAUACUUCCUGAAGGAGAGAUUGGGACAACUGGGGAAGCUAGGCUGUGCGUUGUGCAUCAUGGGCUCGGUGUUGAUUGUUGCCAAUGCGCCGGCGGAUAAGGAUAUUCAGACUGUGGAUGAAAUUCUGGAUUAUGCUAUGCAGCCAGAAUUUGUGCUCUUCUGCCUCAUCACAGCGGUCUUCUCCGUGAUGAUGAUAUACUCCGUCGCCCCCAAAUACGGCACCACGAAUCCUCUAUACUACCUAUCAAUCUGUGCUGCAACAGGAGCAGUAUCGGUCAUGGCCUUGAAAGCUUUCGGAAUUGCUCUGAAGCUGACCUUUGCUGGAGCAAAUCAAUUCGGCCGUCCAUCGACAUAUCUAUUUGCGGUUGUUGCAAUUAGUUGCAUCGUGGUACAGAUGAACUACUUUAAUAAAGCAUUGAACACCUUCCCACAAUCGAUUGUGAGCCCGAUAUAUUACGUUACAUUCACCACCGCCGUCCUUACAGCCUCCUUCGUUUUAUUCCAAGGAUUCAAUAUCACCAAUCCCAUAGAAACCGGUCGCCUUCUCUGCGGAUUUCUGAUCAUAUUUUUCGGCGUCUAUAUGCUCAACUUUCCUAGCAAAGAUGUGGAAAGCCACGAGUUCCAAAUCCUGACAGGCGGAUCAGUUUUAGCACCAGAUAGCCUGGGGAUACUGAGAACGAGAUUCAGCAUGCAGGGACUUCGACCUUCAGGCGAUUCGACAAGACAGAUGCAUUCAUAUGAAGAAGGGGGUGACGUAGACCACCCUCGUCGAAGUUUGGCACGGCCGAGUGGAGAAGGUGUCCCUUUGCAGAGGAUUGGGUGA